GCAGGAGCAGGGGCAGGAGGAGGCCGGGGCGCCCUCCUGGGGGUUUUGUCCCUCUGCCUGGCAGCCGGCCGCUGUCUGCACAGCCAAGAAGUGUCAUUAUACAUUCCACACUCCACCGUCAACGCCACGGUGGAUGAGAACAUCUUACUCUCCGUCGACUACUCCUGCCAACGGUCCCCCACCAUCGAAUGGCAGUACACCUCCAGCUGGGGGAUGCAGAAGAUCGUGACGUGGAGGCCGGGCACGGCCCCCAACAUCUCCAGAAACUACCGAGACAGGGUGUGCACCUACGACAACGGCUCCAUCCAACUCCUGAGCGUGGGGGUGCGGGAUACGGGCUACUACGUGGUCACCAUCACCGAGGACUUUGGCGACACCCGGUUGGGCACCAUUGUACUGAACGUGAAUGAGAUCCUCUAUGAAGAUCUCCACUUUGUGGCCGUCUUCCUGGCUUUGCUCACCGCCAUGUCCGCCGUUUUAAUCAGCCUGAUGUGGGUUUGUAAUAAAUGUGCGUACAAAUUCCAGACGACGAGAAAACACAGGCUAAAAGAAAGCACCACUGAGGAGAUCGAACUGCAAACCAUCGAGUGUUAGCCUAGGCCUGAAUCAGGGGCCACAAUCAUCCCUACCUCAUGAAAAAGACCGAUUUCGAAACCAAACCACCCAUCCCGACCUCGAUCCCGUCUGUCUCCCAGACCUGCUCUUCAAUCCUUGGCCCACGCCAAAGCCGAGACGUGACGCGGGGACGGAUGACUCCGUGGGCGAAAUGCAGCCCGGCGGGCGCUAAGGCUUCACAGCUCCUCCUCAGAAACCCAACAUCGGCUGACAUCAUCAUCAUCAAUCGUACUUAUU